AAUGUCCUUUACACAUGCUACGACCGUAGAAUGUCUCUAGUGACUUGUGGCAAAUUUUUCCGGCCUUGCUUAAGUCGGAUUAGACCGGCAUUGAGUUCUCCAGGCCGGGCUGUGUGUCGACUGUACAGUUCUUUCGAGAAAAGGCCUAAUGUUGCAAUCAGUCGAGUAUUCACUCGGCUUUCAUCAAGCAAUAGUCAGAGCUCAGCCGGAGGAUUGAUGGGUGAUAAUGGGAUGUUGAUUGUUGGAAUUGGGUUGCUUGGGGGUUCCCUACUAUACAUUGUAUACGCUGGCUUUUUUAACCCUUAUGAAUCUCCCUCAUCAAAACCUGCGGUUUCUGAGGAUGCAGCAAAGCUACCUGCUGACGAGGCAAAGACUGUGGCAGAGGUGGCAGUUGAAGAUACAGUUGUCGCUGCAGAUUCAACCAAAGAAGAGAGCCCAGCUGCUGAAGAACGAAAAGCAGAGUCAGAAGCACCACCCCCAUUGCCAGAAAUUCCAGAGCAUGCAACUUAUGUAUUGGUGGGAGCUGGCACAGCUUCCUUUGCAGCCUACAGAGCCAUCAGAAAAGCUGACAAGUCUGCAAAGGUGCUGAUCAUAGGAGAUGAAGAGUAUCCUCCAUACAUGCGGCCGCCUCUAUCUAAAGAGCUGUGGUACUGUGAUGAUGAAGAACUGGUGUCUGACCUGAAGUUCAAACAGUGGAACGGAAAGGAAAGAGGCAUAUUUUUUGAGCCAGAAGUGUUUUUCUGUAAACCUGGUGAAUUACCAAGCAAGGAGACUGGUGCAGUUGCUCUACUCAAAGGGAAAAAGGUUGUAGGAAUUAAUAGCAAGGAUCAAAAAGUCAAGUUAGAUGAUGGAGGAGAGAUUGGGUACAAUAAACUGCUUUUGGCACCAGGUGGUAUUCCAAAGAAUCUGCCCAUUUUUAGAGAAAGUAGUGAUGAAGUAAAAAAGAGAACAACAUUAUUUAGGAAGAUUAAAGAUUUCAAGGAGCUCGAUAAAGCUGUCAAAGAUGCCAAAUCUGUGGUUGUUGUUGGUGGAGGCUUUCUUGGAAGUGAACUUGCCUGUGCACUUGGUCACAGAGGGAAGAAAACUGGGAUGAAUGUGAUGCAAUUAUUUCCAGAAGAUGGUAACAUGGGGAAAGUGUUGCCAAAAUAUCUUACUGAGUGGACUACAAACAAAGUCAGGAAAGAGGGUGUAGAUGUGAAACCCAAUUCCACAGUAGAACAUGUUUCAUUUAGUGAUGGCCAAAUAAAUCUCAGACUGAACUCUGGUGAUGAGAUCAAAACAGAUCAUAUAAUUGUAGCAGUAGGCCUGGAACCUAAUGUUGAGCUUGCAAGUGCUGCUGGGCUUGAAGUGGACCCAAUUCUUGGGGGAUAUCACGUGAACUCAGAACUGGAAGCCAAAUCAAAUAUUUGGGUGGCUGGGGAUGCUGCUUGCUUUUAUGAUCCGAACCUUGGUCGACGACGAGUUGAACACCACGAUCACGCUGUCGUCAGCGGCCGACUGGCAGGAGAAAAUAUGACUGGCUCAAGGAACCCGUAUUGGCAUCAGUCCAUGUUUUGGAGUGACCUGGGUCCUGAUGUUGGAUACGAGGCUAUCGGUCUUGUAGAUUCCAUGCUCCCCACCGUGGGAGUCUGGGCCAAGGCGACGAAGGCUGACUCACCCAAAGCUGUGGUGGAGGCUACGGGAGAAGGAUUACGCUCAGAAACAGAAGGCGAGGUUGCUGCCUCUUCUCCGGUCUCCACUGAGCCGCCCGCUCCUGUCCCCGCUGAAUCAUCUGAGGAGUUUGGCAAAGGUGUCGUGUUUUACGUGAAAGGCAAAAGAGUUGUGGGUGUCGUACUAUGGAAUAUCUUCAACAAAAUGCCGAUCGCUCGAAAGAUCAUCAAGGAAGGGAAAGAUCAAGAUGACCUUAAUGAACUUGCAAAGCUGUUUGAUAUCCACAAGGCGGGCUGAUUCCACGCAUUGUACCUGGUUCCACAAACGUUUUUCGAAGAGUUGGACAAUGUUGAUAAACAGCUUCAGUAGGAACGCAGGUCCUUGUGUCAGCGGACGUAGAAAUGGUCAACUUGGCCUGGGUGCCUCAUUACCAUAAGUGUCCCUAAUGGUUUUACGAUCAUAUAUUGUGCUCGAAAGACUGGUGAAUUUUUACGUCAUGUCGAACAGUCUUGUUUGAAUUAAAAGGUGAAUUGGCCACCGAGGGAAUGUAGAAUAAAUUCCGAUAAUAAAAAUCUAUAUUUUUCCGUUUGGCGAGAUUUGCCUGGGUAGUCAA